AGCGUAUUAAAGACUCUGUGAAGUUACUGGACCACACUGUGGAGUUAAGUUCUACUUUAACUGAAGUGUGUGUCUUGUUUUCUUCCCUGAAGAUCUUCAUCAGCAUUGAUGACCCAGUCACAGGAGAGGAUGAUGAUGAGACUGAUUUUAGAACCCAAAGUCUUCACAGUUGUGAAAAACUACACAGAGGAAUACACCGGAGAUGCACAAAACGGAGACGUCUUCAUUGUGCAGCAGGACAGAAAGAGUCUGGACGCUGGAGUAUACUGUGCUGAAAACGCGCGGGUCAUUCGGCUGAAAAAAAAGUUUUUCAUCAGCACAGAGGUCAGGAAGGUGGACGUGCUGAGCUUCACCAGAGGGAACAGAUUUGCAGUUUAUAGGAAGAACGGAGGAAUCCCUCACUCAUUCAGAGAAAAUGUUAAAGAAGCCAUGAGCAGAGGUCCAGAGUACAGUUUACGCAGAUACAACUGCAUGGAACUUGUCAUGGAUCUUCUGGAAGUUGAUCUGAAGCCGACUAUUCAGGACGGGAUAAAGAUUGGACUCGGCACUAAACCAAGGGGCUUCAAAGUUGUGAAGAAAUUCUCAGAUCAUUCUUCUGGACACGUGAAGCUUGGAGAUCUGUUGAUCGUGGAGAGUGGGAUGAGUGUAACAGGAUAUCACCAUGCUGGGGUCUGCUGCUGUGAAAGUGGACAGGAGAUCAUUCACUUCACACCAUUUUAUCCCGGAUCCUUUGGGCUCAGUGCAGCAGUGUCCUCCGUGUCCACUUCCUGUCCAGGUCUCGUCAGUAAAGUGAACAUUAAAGGCUUCACACACAGCAAAUUCGCGGUUUAUAGGAAGAAGACAGGAAUCUCAGACUCGUUCCAGAGAAGAGUCGCUGAAGCGAUGAAACAAAGCCCAAAAUAUCAGCUGUUAAAUUAUAACUGCAUUCACUUUGCCCUGGAGCUCUACUACGGAGAUUUAGAGGCAAGAAACUCAACUCAUGUGAUUUACUGCAUCCACACACUGACCGAUUAA